GGCUCGGGGCCAUGCUGGAGCCGUCGGGGGGGCCGUCGGCCCCGGCCCCGCAGCCUCCGGCAGAGGCCCAAAGGAGGGUCCGCCGAGAAAGCUUUCGCCAAGAGCAAGGAGGGCUGGCCGAAGGAAAGGGGAAGGCCUAUUUUGCCAGAGAAGUUCGACUUACUAAAAAACAUGAAGAAAUACUAGCACAAAGAUUACUGUUACUUAAAGAAAUGGAGAAUGAUCAUGAUGGCCAGAAGACUGAAGAAAAGAAGGCAUUUUACAUGAAAGCAGCUCAGCUGGCCAGUAAAAGGAAUCAGAGCCUUUUAAAGCAUUCCUGUUGCCGUGGAGGAUACCACCACCUUCUCUUCUCGUCACCUGGCUUCGCAGCUGGGGUGGCAUGCUCUCCCCAUCGCCCCAUGGAUCCAGGCACCAGACGUUGUGACCCGUGUUCUCACUCGACUCCUCCUAUACAUCCGCACGGCCACCUCCUGUUCCGGGUCCUCAUUCUUCUCUUCUGGAAUAGUAGAAGAAAAAUGACUCCUUGGGUCACACGCAGCAAAGAAAUUGUUAGCAGAGACUCGGAUGAAAAGGCAUUUGUUAAAGCCCUUACAGCUUGCCAUGUGCUCCUCACCCCAGGGCUUCUCAGCCUUUUCCUCCUUUCCACUGCCAUUGCAGCUCUGGUUCAGGCCUUUCGUACCUCUCAUCCAGGCUGUUUUUUGUUUCUGUGUCUAUUUCAGGAUAUAAGAACGCUAGAAGAGAAACUUGAAAAAAAGGUACAUUUACGGUCACAUCCUGAAAUGGUUACUCUUCAGACUCUCUACUGGGCAUCAGUAGAGGAAGAGGCCCCCAAGUGGGAGCAGUUUCUUUUAGGAGGAGCACAAUAUCCCGUUGGUGUUAGAUAUCAAAAUCCAGCAGGAAAUGACGUCACAGAUGCCACAGAGAGAUGACCACAGGAAAGGUGUCGUUUUUCCUUGGGGCUCUGAUCCAGAACAUCUGCUCAGGCAAGCAAAGCUUACCUGGACAUUGUAUAAAUCCAAAAGAAUUUGUUCAUCCAAGGGAAUAUAUUAAUGUGUAUUCUGUUACCUAUCUAUUUGACAGUUGGUAGAAUUUUAAAAUUUACUGGAAAUUUUGUCAAACCAGGAUUGAAAUACAUUACAGUCUUUUAAAAGAAUGAUAAGAACUGUUUUUACUUUUAAUCUGUCAUUUCAUCAAACUUUUAAGAAUGUAAAAGAAAAUUUUGAAAGAUGGACUGAAUUAAA